AUAACCCGGCUCUGAAGGCGAACUUCGCUGUUCGGACCCGACACAGACACUCCUUGUAGCUACGCGGAAACAACUUGUUGGGGCUUAAGGAUGUGUGUCUGGGUUUGUUUCUUAGUUUGCGUUUCGGUCACCGGCUGGUUUUUGACCGCCGAACAAAUUAUGACCGGCGAGCCGCACACAGUUCCGGUCAACAACUGUCAGGUUUUGAAGGAAGCUCGAUUCGCUGUGGCUGAAUUCAACAAAGCCAACGUACAAGAGCAGUUUGCCUACAAAGUUCUGAACAUUACAUCAGCCAAAAUGCAGAUAGUCGCGGGGAUAAACUACAUCCUGGAGGUGUGGCUGGGACGAACUGUGUGCAAGAAAAGCCACACUGCUGACAGUGAGCCAUGUGCUCUUCACCCUGAACCCAAGGCAAGUUCAAGAUUUAAGGAGUGCCAGUGUCACUUCAUCGUUACAGACGUCCCUUGGGAGAAUUCACGUGCACUUACUCUGAAUAAGUGUCACCCAAAUUAAAAAACUAACACCCUGAUGUGCUGCUUGCUGCUGGUCCUGCCAAGUAAACGGUUAUCAAUGA